AUGCCCUCUUCAAGCGGGACUACGACGCAGCUGAGGUCUGCAUCCCGAGCUGCAGAACCAUAUGGACCUACAUCACCGGCGAGCCCACCAAGCGAACCUCCUCCCACAGUGGACCUGUCACCACCCACGUCGACGUUGUCUCGCACCACCACCACCACCGUCACCUACCCCGGACCCCCCCCGAGCACGCCUCCUCCGGCGACCGAGAAUGCCAUCGUCCCCGUCGUCCCCGUGCCGACGCCCGAGCCUCGCACCUGCCCGACCCCUGGCACGUACACCUUCCCGGCCACCACCAUCACCGUGACCGAAACGACGACCGUCUGCGGUGCCGCCUCGACGACGCUCCGACCGGGCAGCCACACGUUCGGCGGCGUCACCACCGUCGUCGAGAAGGCCACUACCGUGGUCUGCCCGGUUGCUACCGUCCAGACUCGCGGCUCCGUCACCACCAGCACCCUCGUCCAAACCACCUACGUCUGCCCGACCCCCGGCACCUACACCAUCGCCCCCAUGACGACGGACGUGAAGGAGGAAAAGGUAGUCGUCUACCCCGUGCCCACCUCGUACAAUCCCGGCACCUACACGGCCCCCCAGCUGGUCGUCACCGUCACCGUCACCGGCUACGUCACGUACUGCCCCUUCACCAGCGUUGGCCUCCCGACCGCGCCCGCCUACACGCCCCCGGAGCCCACUGUUGAGGCUGCCGAACCCACUGCUGAGGCUGCCGAGCCCCCGGCCCCCGUGGCCCCCCCCAAGGAGUCCUCCUACUCCCAGCCGAGCGCGCCGAGCACCAAGCCUGGCGCCAUCAGCAGCAACAACGACCAGUACGGCAUCACCUACACGCCCUACGAACCCUCCAACGGCCAGUGCAAACCCGCCAACGAGGUGGAGCGAGACAUUGCCCUGCUGAAGAAGGCCGGCUUCACCACCGUCCGUGUCUACUCCACCGACUGCAACACCCUCGAGAGCGUCGGCAAUGCCUGCCAGAAGCACGGCCUCGGCAUGAUUGUCGGCGUCUUCGUCAAGGACAGCGGCUGCUCGCCCGACACGCCCGAGAUCAAGGAGCAGAUCAGACAGCUCUCCUCUUGGGACAAGUGGGAUCUCGUCAAGCUCGUCGUCGUCGGCAACGAGGCCAUCAUGAACAAGCGCUGCACGCCGACGCAGCUGCGUACCCUCGUCACCACGGUCAAGUCCAUGUGCAAGUACAAGGGCCUUAUCACCAUCUCCGAGACGCUCAGCGUCUGGCAGCAGAAGGACGUUUCCUCGGCUCUCUGCGACGUCGUCAGCGUCACCGGCGCCAACAUUCACCCUUACUUCAAUGCCGACGUCACACCCGAGACCGCCGGCCAGUUCGUCGCCGGCCAGCUCCGCCUCUUGGACCAGAUCUGCGGCAAGGAAUCCAUCAACCUGGAGUGUGGCUGGCCUACCCGCGGCAACUGCAACGGCAAGGCUUGCCCCGGAAAGGAAGCGCAGAAGGUGGCCCUCAAGUCGAUCCGCAACGCCUGCGGCAACAAGACCGUCUUCUUCUCCUUCAUGGAUGACAUGUGGAAGGACCCCGGCUCGUGCGGCUGCGAGCAAAGCUGGGGCUCCGUCUCCUACUUCUCCCCCGACGCCUCCAUGUCUUCUUACUAA